CCGGGCGCUGGCGUGAGGAUCAGCUGUUGGCUGCGCGCAGGCAGGAAGUGAUGCAGGAGACGCUGCACUCAAUGACUAGAAGGGGGAAGCACAAAGACAUUGACUGCUUUGCUCCGAGCUGCUGCUGUAACUCAUUCCAAAGAGCAAACCCUAUUCAAAAUGGACAAAAAAGUACCGUCCGGACGCUAGCGGUUCGCCUAUUUUCCUCUUUAAACGCCGGGAUAAAUAUGAUACUGAUGUGGAAGUUUUUCUGUCAGCUAGUUAGCUAGGUAGCUAGCAGCCUGAGUUAACGCGACGAGUUUUCCCCCAGUUCGUUUCUGCUCGCGUGCGCGGAAACCGACAACUUACACGCCGCUUGACUUGUACCGGCGACCCCGAGGUGAUGUGCGCCCAGUGCCCGACGACACGGUUCCCCAAACAGCAUUGCGGAUGUCAAGGUCACAAUGAUGGAGCCGAAUAGAAGGACGCUGUGAUCCUUCAGAGGGAUUGUCUGCCUGAGGGUAUGUGGAGACGUCUCGCGGGGCCUGAGAAGAGGCGCCUGGGUGGCUCGGACGGGGACUGAAGGUGAGGAGGACAGACUGAAGAGCGAGGGAGGAAGACAUGGGUCAAUGUGUCACCAAGUGUAAGAAUCCAACGUCCUCGCUCGGCAGCAAGAGUGGAGACAAGGACAGCGGCUCCAAGUCCCACCACAAGAAAGGAGGCAGCGCCGGGGGGGGCCACAAAGAGGAGCCCGGCGCUCAGAGCAGCAAAGCCACCGUCGACCUGUCGAAUGGCACCAAGGCCUCGGAGGUGAGCGUGGAGACGCCCGUCAUCUCCGCAGUGAUGGGGGAGCCGCGCCGGGACGAGUGCCUGGAUGGAGACGGGCUGUCGCUGCUGCGCCUCGACGAGCUCUUCUGCUGCUACAAGGACGAACAGGAGGACGCCAUCUUGGAGGAGGGCAUGGAGAUGUUUUGCAACGACCUUCGCGUGGACCCGGCCGAGUUUCGUGUGCUUGUUCUUGCCUGGAAGUUUCAAGCGGCCACCAUGUGCAAGUUUACCAGGAAGGAGUUUGUCGAAGGCUGCAAGGCCAUUCAGGCCGACAGCCUGGAGGGCAUCUGCUCGCGCUUCCCCGUCAUGCUGCUGGACGCCCGGGGCGAGGAGAACUUCAAGGACCUGUACCGCUUCACCUUCCAGUUCGGCCUGGACGCCGACGAGGGCCAGCGCUCGCUGCAGCGGGAGAUCGCCAUCGCCCUGUGGCGCCUGGUGUUCACCCAGGACUCGCCCGCCAUCCUGGAGCACUGGCUGGACUUCCUGUCGGAGAACCCCUCGAGUAUCCGGGGCAUCUCCAGGGACACGUGGAACAUGUUCCUCAACUUCACCCAAGCUAUCGGGCCGGACCUGAGCAACUACAGCGAGGACGAGGCGUGGCCCAGCCUCUUCGACACCUUCGUGGAGUGGGAGCUGGAGCGCAGGAAAAGAGAGGAGGAGGAGGCGCUGAGGGCACAGGAGGAAGAGGGGAGGUGUACUGAGACGGAGGGUUCGCCCACGCCAGAGAGACUGGAAACGGAGGGAAGCCGCGGCUCACAGACGUGGGGGGGCCACUGACCAGGACUGGAGGGCACGUUGUGAUCCGCACCUGAACUGUGAAUCGUGGGAUGAAUAUUAGUGUUACAAUGACAGCUGUUCAUUUUGGGAUUCCUGAUUUGCACCCUUUUUUGUUUUUGUGUUGAAAGGGCUCUGAGAACUGUUCUUUUUAUGCACUUCUAUUUAAGUUAUUGUUUUACUCUUAUAUUUUUUUCCACCUCAUGUGUGUUUUAAGUAAUUGACAGGAAGCCACAAACGUUUCCCACCACUCAUUUACACGGUUUCCUUUGACUCGAUAACCCUGCCAAUAUGUUUAGUACUCGGUUCUAGUUAAUGAAAAGAGGAAUGGAACGUUUGUCAACCUGUCCAAAAAUGUUUUACCAUCAAAACACAGGAUUAUGCGUAAGGGUCAGUGAAAUCCUCUUGAUGUGACUAAUCCAGCUGGGUUUGAAUGCGUUUAUCUUGCAGUGCUGUGAAGAUGAAUCGGUUGCUCUUGUAUCGCCUGCAAUCAGAUGACACCAGGACAUUUCUAAUGAUAAUACAAUGUCAUUAUAUACAUCGAAUUCCAAGUUGAUGGUAACAGACACAUCUUUCCUGUGUGCAGUGGUACCGGAGCGGCUUAGCUUGUGCAGCUGGCUUUGCUGCCCUUUGACCUCUAGCAUCUACUAUUUUGAUGUCCACCUAUUUUCAAUAAGCGGUUAUGUGUGUACAACACAAUGAUGCUGGCUUUUGGAUGCUUCUAUAAAAAGCUAUAGGUCUUGGCCAUUUUUUUUUCCCCAAUAACUGAUGCCUCAACCUGUGUAACGUUCAGGACCGUCACAAACGGGCUUCUAACAAAGCUGGUGUUUACCUUCAUGAGUAUAAGAGUCAUUCCAUCCUUAAACUUCCAUACAAAAAGAGUAUGCGUACAUCACAAAUAUUGAUGACUGCUGCUGCUGAUGGUUGUAAUGGAUUGCACAAAACCCCAUGGCAUGCUGAGACGCUAUACUUGCACACUUUUCAGAAAGAAUAAUUUCACGUUAUUUUCAAUUUCCAACCUCUUCAAAACUGUAUAUUGAUCUUAAGUAUAGCCUGCGGUGUUCGAGAGAAUGAGUUAACCAGAAGAGCCUGGGGGUCCAGUGUGGUAAGAGGGUGGCCAUAACCUAAUCUGUUCGGUUUACAGCUACAAUGGUUUUAUUUCAGACCCCCGUUGUCCUUUUUAUAUAAAAUGUAUUGAUUUAUAAUAAAUAAAAACAGUGUUGAACUUUUGACUGUUGGACCAUA